GUCCCAGUCAGGAACGGGGAAGACGGCAACUUUCUCCAUCUCUGUUCUGCAAUGCCUGGAUAUACAGGUUCGCGAGACCCAGGCAUUGAUCUUGGCACCGACUCGGGAGCUGGCUGUACAAAUUCAGAAGGGUCUUCUUGCUCUGGGAGACUACAUGAAUGUCCAGUGUCAUGCCUGCAUUGGAGGGACCAACGUGGGUGAAGAUAUCCGAAAACUCGAUUAUGGGCAGCACGUCGUUGCUGGCACUCCAGGCCGUGUGUUUGAUAUGAUUCGUCGUCGAAGUUUAAGAACUCGUGCCAUCAAAAUGCUGGUUUUGGAUGAAGCAGAUGAAAUGCUCAAUAAAGGUUUUAAGGAGCAGAUUUAUGAUGUGUACAGAUACUUGCCUCCAGCUACACAAGUGGUUCUGAUCAGCGCCACUUUGCCUCAUGAAAUUCUGGAGAUGACCAACAAAUUCAUGACAGACCCCAUUCGCAUCCUGGUGAAACGUGACGAGUUGACCCUUGAAGGAAUCAAGCAGUUUUUUGUGGCUGUGGAGAGGGAAGAAUGGAAGUUUGACACAUUGUGUGAUCUCUAUGACACGCUCACAAUCACCCAGGCUGUCAUCUUCUGUAACACCAAGAGAAAGGUAGACUGGCUCACAGAGAAGAUGAGAGAAGCCAACUUCACAGUUUCGUCCAUGCAUGGGGACAUGCCACAGAAGGAGAGAGAGUCCAUCAUGAAAGAGUUCAGAUCUGGUGCAAGCCGAGUCCUUAUUUCAACAGAUGUUUGGGCUAGAGGCCUGGAUGUUCCCCAGGUGUCCCUCAUCAUUAACUACGACUUACCCAACAACAGAGAACUCUACAUACACAGAAUUGGCCGGUCAGGCAGAUACGGCCGAAAAGGUGUAGCGAUCAACUUUGUGAAGAAUGACGACAUCCGGAUCCUGCGAGACAUCGAGCAGUACUACUCCACCCAGAUCGACGAGAUGCCCAUGAACGUUGCUGAUCUUAUCUGAAGGUCCACGUUUACCAGGGAGUUGUACUGUUUGGUAGCCUCCGUAAUUCUGUUUUGGACCCACAUCCUUUUAUCAUAUUGCUGGUCAUAUGUCCUUGAGUCGAGCUGCCCUUGGGAACUUGUGUAAAUAAUGUCUUUGCUCCCACCCAUGUUUUUCAAUUAAAAAAAAGGAAGUUUUACCAAA